CUUUCAUCGUAAACGCAACAAGCCAACCGCUUACUACGACGGCAUACUUUGGUAAUGUUGUAAAUAUCACUGGCCUUCCAGUGUAUCAAACAUCUUGUCCAACCGGAGAGCUGAUUGCGCAAGUUUUAUCUCCGUCGGAUCUUCAAGUUUUCCUUGACCCGACUACAACCAAAUAUAACAUUACUAUAGAGUCUAUGUCAUG